AUGGCAAGUGAAUCAGAAAACAUCAAGUACGAAGAGAGUUUUAUAAAGAAUACUCGAGGGAUGAAACUGUUCACGUGUAGAUGGGUACCAGCAAAUCAAGAACCAACGGCUUUAGUCUUCAUUUGUCAUGGAUAUGCAAUGGAAUGUAGCAUCACCAUGAACAGUACGGCGAGGAGGCUUGUGAAGGCAGGAUUUGGUGUGUAUGGAAUUGAUUAUGAAGGACAUGGCAAAUCUGAUGGGCUUAGUGCUUAUGUUCGAAAUUUUGACCAUCUCGUUGAUGACGUCUCUACUCAUUACACAACUAUUUGUGAGAGAGAAGAGAAUAAAGAGAAGAUGAGGUAUUUGUUAGGAGAAUCAAUGGGAGGAGCAGUUCUUUUGAUGUUACACAGAAARAARCCUGAGUUUUGGGAUGGGGCMGUCUUGGUUGCUCCAAUGUGUAAGAUCGCUGAAGAAAUGAAACCAAACCCUUUGCUUAUUUCGAUAUUUUCAAAAGUUGUCGAAGUUAUACCCACUUGGAAAAUUAUCCCUGGCCAAGAUAUUAUUGAAACUGCUUUUAAGCAACCCGAGAUCAGGAAACAGGUUAGAGAAAACCCUUACUGCUACAAAGGACGUCCACGUUUGAAGACUGGUUAUGAGCUCUUGAUGAUUAGCACCGAUCUGGAGAAGAGACUUAAUGAGGUUUCAUUACCAUUCAUUGUUUUGCACGGGGAAGACUAUAAACUGACAGACAAAGCGGUGAGUCGACAACUGUACGAGGAAGCAUCGAGUUCGGACAAGACUUUUAAGCUUUAUCCAGGGAUGUGGCAUGGAUUAAUCUAUGGAGAGACACCAGAGAACAUUGAGAUUGUUUUUUCUGACAUCAUUGGUUGGUUGGUUAAGAGAUCUUCUGGUGGAAAUGAAAGCUUUGAGUCCGAGCUUAAACGUAAAAAUGAUGGAUUAAAAGGCUAG